AUGACUCCACCUUCACAAAUCGAAACGAGGCCGUAUAAGACGAAAACCCCGUCGAAACGUGGGCGAAAGUCUUAUACAACGCCCGACGUCAUUGACGUUACGGGAAAAACGCAUUUUAUGGUAGUUCGAAGAUUACAGAACAAUAAAAAACAAAAGAAAAAGUGUAACGAAUGUAAAAAUUGCGAACAAAGUGAUGAAUAUGUGGAUAUCCUCGAAGAAAGAGUAAAUACAUUGGAAAGCCAAGUUAACAACCUUCAAAAGGUCACGAACGAAAGGCCAACAACAAGGAAUUCGGUUACCACCAACGAAUUCAAUUGCUAUGCACAAUUAGAGAUGGAUGGUAUUCUCCGGGUUGCCAAUUCAAUUGGGGAUAUCAUUCAAGGAAGAAUACAAACUUCUCAACAAGGUUCACCCACCACGAUAGAUGAAUUUAUUAACGAAAAUAUAAUAGCCGAGCUUUGGAAUGUUCCCGGACGUAAUGAUUUUAAUUAA